AUGGUCCAAAGAAAGAGGUGUUGGGGAGUAGGAGAUGAAGAGGCCAAAACACUAGAAUCGAGUCAGAACAAUGUUUCUGAAGCACUCUUGAAGGAGAAUACACAGAAGAAACUGUGCAAUAAUGAAGAAAAAGAAAGUAGAAGGGAAUUACCAUAUUGUACUGGAGAAAUCGACUUCUUGGCUAAUGGAAAGAAACGGGGAAAGUUUCUUAAGGUUCCAUGUACCAUCCAUCCUGGAGUUAUAUUUGACAUCAUGAAUAGCAAGUGGAACCUUCCUGCUCCCAAUCUGAUCGUCUCUUUUGUUGGAGAAGAAGAACACUUCCAGAUGAAACCUUGGUUACGUGUCACACUGAGAAAAGGAUUGGUUAAAGCUGCCCAAAGCACAGGUGCCUGGAUCUUUACAAGCGGCCUGCACGUUGGAGUAACAAAACACAUCGGGCAAGCAGUCCAAGAUCAUAUGUUGACAACCACAUCUACAGUGAAAGUAGUUGCAAUAGGAAUAACAUCCCUGGAGAAAAUUCAGCACAAAGAUCUUCUGGAUAAUGUCAAGAAAGACAGUCUCAUAAACUACACAAGUGAUAAUAAUGUCCAAGGGCCUUUGUACUCCCUUGACGACCAUCAUUCCCAUUUCAUUUUGGUGGAAGAGAGUGAGCCAGAUGGCACAACAAAGCUACGACUCACCUUGGAGAAAUAUAUUUCAGAACAGCAUACUGGCUAUGGAGGAACAGGUAGCAUUGAAAUCCCAGUACUCUGCUUACUUGUGAAUGGAAGACCUCACAUUCUGGAGCAAAUUUGCAGGGGGCUGAAAAAUUCCGUCCCUUGUCUUAUCUUGGCUGGAUCUGGUGGUGUAGCUGAUAUUUUAGCUGCGCUGAUGAGUGAGCCACACUUAAUUGUGCCACAGGUAGUGGAAAAACAGUUAAAAGAGAAGUUCCCCACAGAAACUUUCUCAUGGAAUGACAUUGUUCAGUGGACUGGAAUAAUCCAAACCAUUAUCACCCAGGAGCAGCUUCUAACCAUUCAUUACUUCGAACAAGAAUGUUCAGAAGAAUUGGAUACAGUUGUUUUGAAAGCACUGGUUAAAGCCUGUAAGAGUCAUAGUCAGGAAGCCCAAGAAUAUCUUGAUGAACUCAAGCUGGCUGUGGCCUGGAACAGAGUGGACAUAGCUAAAAGUGAAAUAUUCAGUGGAGAUGUGGAGUGGAAGUCAUGUGAUUUAGAGGAAGUGUUGAUGGAUGCCCUGGUGAAUGAUAAGCCAGAAUUUGUGAAAUUGUUUAUUGAUAAUGGGGCCGACAUAUGUGACUUCCUAACAUAUAGCCGGCUUCAGAGACUAUACUGUAACAUUUCCCCGAAGUGUCUCCUCUAUAUGCUUCUACUUAAAAAACAUGAAGAAAACAGACUUACUUUGGCUGGAAUGAGUGGACAACAUCACAAGGAAUUGGUGGAUGCGUGCCCUCUCUUCACUCUUCAUGAAGUUUCCAGGGUACUGAAAGAUUUUCUACAUGAUGCCGGCAGAGGUUUUUACCAUGACCAAAAACCUGGAGGGAAGAAGAAAGUGGACAAGACAAAUGCAAGAAAGUUCCCAAGCCUCUUGGAUAUGAAUCAGAAAAGUGAAAAUCCUUGGAGGGAUUUAUUUUUAUGGGCAGUGCUUCAAAACCGGCACAAGAUGGCGCACCUCUGCUGGGCCAUGGGUCAAGAAGGAGUCGCUGCAGCUCUGGCUGCCUGUCAAAUAGUGCAAGAAAUGUCCCGCCUGGAAACAGAGGCAGAAGUGGUGCGCAGAAUGAAAGAAGCAAAAUAUGAGCAGCUUGCAGUGGAGUUGUUCAGCGAAUGCUACCAUGACAGUGAAGAGCGAGCUUUUGCUUUGCUGGUGAGGAAAAAUCGAUUUUGGAGCAAAACUACUUGUCUCCACUUGGCCACAGAAGCAGAUGCCAAGUCUUUUUUUGCACAUGAUGGGGUACAAGCGUUUCUGACAAAAAUUUGGUGGGGAGACAUGUCAACAUCCACCCCAAUUUUGAAGCUGAUCUGUGGAUUUGGGUGCCCUUUCCUGAUUUACACUAACUUGAUUUCAUUCAGUGAGGAGACACAAUCAGUGGAGGACCCAGAAUCAUUAAAAGAUCUUGACACCCUUGCUAUGGAGAGGACAUUGCUGUCCCCCACCAAAAGAAAGGCUGAUGCCAAACUAGGAACAAAACCUGCUUCUGAGAAUAUAGCCCGGGCAACAUUUAUGUUUACACGCUGGAAAAAAUUCUGGACUGCUCCUGUCACAGUCUUUAUGGGGAACGUUGUUAUGUACUUUGCUUUUCUCUUUCUAUUUGCCUACGUCCUCUUGGUGGAUUUUAAACCACCUCCACCUAAAGGUCCAUCUAUCCAGGAGAAUGUACUCUACUUCUGGGUCUUUACGCUGGUCUUGGAAGAAAUCAGACAGAGUUUCUUUACUGAUGGAGGCAUGGAUCUAAUAAAAAAAUUCAAGCUGUAUGUAGAAGAUAAUUGGAACAAGUGUGAUAUGUUGGCUAUUUCUUUGUUCAUCAUUGGGAUCACUUGCAGAAUGUUUCAUUCAACCUUUCAUGAUGGUCGAACAGUACUAGCAAUUGAUUUUAUGGUGUUCACUCUGAGACUGAUUCAUAUUUUUGCCAUUCAUAAGCAACUGGGCCCAAAGAUUAUCAUUGUGGAAAGAAUGAUGAAGGAUGUUUUUUUCUUCCUCUUUUUCCUGAGUGUGUGGCUUAUUGCGUAUGGUGUGGCCACACAAGCUUUGCUUCAUCCUGAUGACAAUCGUGCCGAGUGGAUUUUCAGGAGGGUCCUUUAUCAUCCCUAUCUUCAAAUAUUUGGACAAAUUUCACUGGAUAAAAUAGAUUCAUCUCGCAUGGAUUUUGGAAACUGCACAUUUGGUCAGCAGAAGAAUCAGACGGCAAACGACUCUUCAUGUCCCAACAUCUACGCUAAUUGGCUGGCCAUAAUUCUCUUAGUAAUUUUCCUACUGGUUACGAACGUGCUGCUUAUGAAUCUCUUAAUUGCCAUGUUCAGUUACACUUUUCAGGUUGUUCAAGGAAAUGCAGACAUCUUCUGGAAAUUUCAGCGAUACAACUUGAUUGUUGAAUACCAUGGUCGUCCUGCAUUUGCUCCUCCUUUCAUCAUUAUUGACCACAUUAAACUAUUUCUUAGAUGGGUCUUUAAGAAGACAGAACACAAAAAAGAACAUCUGGAAAGAGAUCUUCCAGAAGGUCUGGAUCAAAAAUUAAUAACCUGGGAGGUGCUACAGAAGGAAAAUUACCUGGCAAAUCUGGAAACAAAGAAGAAAGAAAGCAAUGAGGAAAAGCUGAAGAAAAUGUCAGACAGGGUGGACAACCUUUUAAAGAAUUUUAGUGGUCUAAAAGAGCAAGAGAAACAGCUUAGAUCUUUGGAAUCACAAAUUAGCUAUUGCACAGUUAUGCUUUCUUCAUUAGCAGAUACCUCAGUGAAAAACAGCGUAUUUUUCGACAGGCCAGCUCUGAACUAUACACGCACUGACCUAAUGGCUGUACCAGAAAAUGAUGGGGCAGACACCAGUCGGUUCGAUGACGUGAUGUACAUCGAUAACGGAUUGUAACAGAUCAGGGGCUUAAUUCUCUGUAUAAUUUUGUCAACUCAAUUACCUAAUGAGUAUUUU